AUGUAUCAGGGAGCAAGAGAUCUAUCAAAACCUUCACUAACUGAAAAAUUGCCAACUGACGCUGAAAAGUCAGAAGAGGGCAGCAAAAGUUUGAAGAAGAGAAGGCAUGAUGAGUCCAAAGGACAAUCAAUUGAAAAUCAAAAAAGGGGUGUCGAAUUGAAGGAUAAUUUGAAGAAUGGAAAGCUCAAGAAAGCUAAAAAUCUUGCGAUUUCAAUGGCAGCCAGUGCAGCUACACUUGCUAGAGAAGUGAAGUCUAUCAGAUCGGAUUUAUCAUUUAUGCAAGAGAGAUGCGAUAUGCUUGAGGAAGAAAACAUGAGACUUCGCAACGGAUCUGACAAGCCUGAAGAAGACGAUCUGGUGAGACUUCAAUUGGAAGCUUUGCUUUCGGAGAAGUCACGAUUAGCGACUGAGAAUGCAAACCUAAUACGUGAGAACCAGUGUCUUCACCAACUCGUUGAAUUCCAUCAACUUAACUGCUCCUCAGAAGAUAUGGAUCAAACGUAUGAACAAGUUGUGCGAGGAAUGUGCUUGGAUUUUUCUUCAGAUAGUGAUGACUCAAACAGUAGUGAAAUUGAAGCUCCAUUGACACCUCGAAGUGAUAUAGUUGGGUUCUCUACUUGCGUUGAUCAGUGCUUCGAAGAAGAACACAAGUAG